AAUACUCAAAUCAUGGUCAGCGGGUUUUCUCUGUCAGCCGCAAUAGGGGUUUAGCUGAACUGCCCGACCCAUGGAAAUCUCCCCCAAUCCCGCAGCCGCCGGCGAUAGCGGCGUGGCUCCAGCUGCAGCUGCAGCUUCCGCUUCCUCCGCCAACCUGUCCCCGCCGAUCAAGCGCCCCAGCACCACGCUCCGGCUCCUCUGCCCCUCCAGCCGCGCCGCCGCUCUCCGCCCCGCGCGCGACCUCCACGUGGAGCAUCCCCCCGUGGGGGACGAGGUCGUGCUCGUCGUCUCUGGGCCGGAUGCCCCAGCCGCGGCCGUGAGGGUCUGGGAGCGGGUCGUGGGACACAGGGUCGGGGGCGACGACGCUGGGGAAGGGGAGGAGGAGAAAGAGGUUACCGGCGUGGUGGGCUGCCGGAUGCUGGCGGCCGGAGGGCAGGUGGGGUGCGUGCUGGGGAAGGGCGGGAAGACGGUGGAGCGCAUGCGGCAGGAGAGCGGGGCCCAGAUCAGAGUGUUCAGGAAUAAGGACCAGGUGCCCCCCUGCGCCUUGCAGGGGGACGAGCUCAUCCAUAUAAGCGGGAGCUUUUCUGCAGCAAGGAAAGCACUUUUAUUAGUUUCAACGUGCCUCCAAGAUAAUCCUAGGCUAGAGACGAGCAAUUUUUCGACUGGAAGAUCAUUUGGGCCUCCAGGCAGUGGAGUUGGUUGUCCACCUGGUGUGGAUUCUCAUUCUCAAAGAAGCUAUUUACCACCACAUAUACCUGAUUAUCAUGCAAGGAAUUUUUCAAGCAAUGUUGCUGCCCCUGGUCCUAGAUUCUUUAUUGAACAAGAGAUAGUGUUCAGAAUGAUAUGUUUAAAUGAAAUGGUAGGCGGCAUAAUUGGAAAAGGUGGUGCCACUAUCCGGGCAUUGCAGAGUGACACUGGUGCUUCAGUCAAGGUUAUAGACGCUGUUGCUGAUUCAGAUGAACGUGUAAUUGUGAUAUCUGCACGUGAGAAUUCUGAGAUGAUGCAUUCACCAGCUCAGGACGCAGUGCUUCGGGUGUAUUCCAGAAUCUCGGAGGCAUCUAUGGAUAAGAGUUCUGCUGUACCUGCUAGGCUUCUUGUUCCAUCUCAGCAUAUUGGUUGCCUGCUAGGCAAAGGCGGAUCCAUAAUUGCAGAGAUGAGGAAUGUAACAGGAGCUAGCAUUCGAAUCUUUGGGAAUGAACAAAUUCCAAGAUGUGCACAACGAAAUGAUGAACUGGUUCAGGUCACUGGUAACUUUCAAUCCAUCCAGGAUGCAUUGCUUCAUAUCACUGGAAGGAUUAGGGAUGUCAUCAUUCCCCCAAAGCCACAUCCUAGUGGUGGCAUGUCUCCAUAUCCACCUGCUGGAAGCACACCUCAUCACCCAUCUAGACAAGACCCAGCUCCGCCACAUCACAGUGGAGGCAUGCCUCCAUAUCCUAUGCAUCCUUUCAGACCUAAUCAUCCUAUGGGCCCUUUUGACGUGGCAGAUCAUCGACCACCUGGCCAACAUCCCGCGCAUCCAAUGGAACACAUGGGUGCUGAUAGGAUCCCGUACUCUUAUGGUUGUGAACAAGGAGGUCCUCGGCCUUUUUUGGAGCAGCCAUCACCCAGAACCUGGGCUCCUGAGGCACAAACAGCUGAUGCUCCAAGAAGCAUACCUGACAAGGGGCUGGCAAUGGAUUCCAGAAAGGGAUCAGUGGCGGGCAGUGAAAACCAAGUGGCUACACCAACAAGUACAACAACUGAAGUUGUUAUUCCUUGCAAGUACAUAGGGUUUAUUUGUGGAACCAAUGGCAGUGACCUUGCCGAGAUACAAAAGAUAUCGGGCGCUGCAAUUACAGUACAUGAUCCAAAACCUGGAGAUACAGAUGCAUCAGUUUUUGUAUGUGGGGAUCCUGAACAAACUAAGAAGGCACAGAGCCUGAUUCAUGCUUUCAUCUUUUGUGGUCUCUACCAAAAAUAAUCAGUGACGAUAAUGAUACACCAUCUAUGAAGUGAGAAUCCUUCUUGGAGUUUACAUUUGGAGAGUUUCAACUCCUGACAGGAUGUAUGUACAUGUACAUGUACAUGUACAAUAGUAGCUGGGAUGAGUGUAGAUAGAAUUCAAUUGAUGGCUGGGCACAUAGCACCAAUGUAUGUUCUUGAAUUUAUUGCUAGACACAGAGCACCAUUGUAAGUUCUUGAAUUGAUGGCUGGACACAGAAGCCAAUGUAACUUCUUGGAUAUGUGUGUUAUAUAUAUGGGCAAAGCAGUGUUUUGGGAACACCGGAAA